UCGGGGAAAUUCGGAUGACAUCCCUACUCAGUGGUUGAUUUUCGUUUGAAAAUAUCAAAAUACGCUAUAUAGUUAAAUUAUUAGAAAUUUGUGCUACAGGGACAACAAAGUAAAAUGUUUGCGCUGUUUCGAAGCAGUACGACCUUCAAGGGUUCUGUGGCCGGGCGCUGCAUGAGUGUUGUUGCAUCGCUGUUGAGAUACAACGAAUUUGGAGACCCGGCCAAAGUGCUAAGGAUCGAUCGUGAAACCGUAAAUGAUCCCAGCAACGGGGAAGUGCUGGUCAAAACGCUAGUUGCACCCAUCAACCCGGCUGAUAUUAAUACAAUUCAAGGAAAAUAUCCAGUGAAACCUACAUUUCCGGCAGUAGGAGGAAAUGAAUGCUUAGGUGAAGUGAUAGCAGUCGGUGCUGGCGUAAAUGGUUUGUGCGUUGGAGAUCGGGUGAUUCCUUGUACUACCGGUCUAGGAACUUGGCGUUCACAUGCCUUACACAUGAACAACAAUCUUAUGAAGGUUCCUCCGGGAAUCGAUAUGGCUGCUGCCGCCACUAUCACAGUCAAUCCUUGUACGGCCUAUCGCAUGUUGAAAGAUUUUGUGGCCCUGAAACCUGGGGACACUGUAAUUCAGAACGGAGCUAAUUCGGCUUGUGGUCAGGCGGUUAUCCAACUUUGUCGCGCAUGGGAAGUUAAUUGCAUCGGUAUCGUUCGCAACAGGCCUCAAAUAGAUGAGUUGCGUAAAUUCUUAACAGACCUGGGAGCUGCAGAGAUUUUAACAGAAGAGGAGUUACGAAUAACAAAAAUCUUUAAGGAAGGGCAGUUCAGAAAACCAAAAUUGGCCCUAAAUUGCGUGGGAGGCAAAAAUGCAUUGGAAGUUUCGCGGCACCUGGACAACCAUGGAAUAAUGGUUACAUACGGCGGAAUGUCCAGAGAACCGGUCAACGUUCCAACAGCUUCUUUAAUUUUUAAAGAUCUUCAGUUCCGCGGAUUUUGGAUGACCCGAUGGAGCAAAAACAAUGCCACAAAUCCAAAACGAACAGAAAUGUUCGAAGAUCUUUUUGGAUUAGUGGAAAAGCAGGGCCUUAAAGCUCCAACACACGAGACGGUUCCAUUCACAGAUUACGAAAUGGCUGUCACAAAUGCACUGAGCAUCCAAGGUUUUGUAGGAAAGAAAUAUUUAUUAACAUUUGAAUAAAUUGCAGUUAUAAAAAUUAAAAAACAACAGAUUGAAUAAAUGGAUUCAUUAGUAACAAAA